CUUGGAUACAACACAGUGACAGAGGAAAUGUCUAAAUGAAUCAGUUGUCACAUUCUGUGCACAAGUGGUUUCCUUUUUAACUUUCGGGUGCUUUUUCUCUACUCUGAAUUGGAGAUUGUGAAUAAUGGAUUUGGAAAUAUCAGAGAAUGAGUACCAAAACAUGGAGACCCUACAUUACAAGAAAAAGUCAAAAAUGUUAGCAGAUUCCGGGAAGUACCCACCAUCCCAACCACGGGCCACAAAACAGUCAUUUCGUGUGCUUUAUGGACUGGUAGCAAUCUGUGCUGGACUUCUUUUAAUGACUGCCUUGUUAAGUGUGCUUGUCACAUAUCGAGAACUGAAACAGAUGGACCAGAAACUAGAAUCCAUGUUUAUUAAUCUGAAUGUUAGUAUGAACUCACAGAUGGAGCACAAUUCUCAAGAAAACAGAUUGCAGCUAGAGGCUUUCAAUUCCACAUCGGAGAGACUGUCCGUUUGGGCCUUCAAGCAAUCAAUCAAAUUCUUGGACCCCAUCUGUGAACAAGGCUGGUCAUAUUCCCAAUUGAGUUGUUACAAAUUCUUCAAAGAUAAGAAAUCAUGGACUGAUUCUAAAGCAUUUUGUGAGUCAAAGAACUCUCACUUGGUGGUAAUCAACAAUCAGGCUGAACAGGAUUAUGUACCUGCUUUUGCUGCCAAUAUGGUUGCUUGGAUCGGUCUCACUGAAGUGGAUGGGGACUGGAAAUGGGUUGAUGGAACAAAAUACAACCUUACUCAAACCCAUUGGAGUGUAGGACAACCAGAUAAUUGGUUUGACCCCGAAAAGAAGGAACAUGAAGACUGUGCCCUUCUUUUAACUAGUGGUAAAUGGAAUGAUUUGCAUUGGUCUUAUCCUAAUUCAUUCAUCUGCGAAAAGGAAAUCUAAUCUCAUCGAGGAUCAGAAUCACAUGCAGAGAAUAUGACAAGAUCAAAUGUACCAACACAAGACAAGAGGGCAAAUAUCCUGUAUUGUAUACUUAUCAUUGGAGAUAAGGAAAAAUGACUUAUCACCAGCUAUAUGUCUACUAAUAGGACUAUCUACUAAUAACUAAUACUAUAUGUUAACUCGUUUGAGCAGGGUCCUCAUCGACCUAUUGUUUCUGUAACAUUUUGUAAUUGUUUCAUUUAUUGUACAAUUUUCCACUUUUUCUUAAAAUUGUAAAGCUCUGCAGAAUAAGGUGGCACUUUAUAAAUGCCCAAUAUAAUGAUAAUAAUAUGAUACAGGCACUUUUCUUAGUGUAUAUAUCAGAGAUUUUUGGGAGAGAAUUAUUGUUAAGAGCACAACAAAAUAACACUUUGAUAACUUUUGAGUCUGUUCUAUCACUUACAGUAAAUAUAAUAUUGUUAUGUACACUGAUCAGCUACAACAUUAAAAUCACCUGUCUAAUA